AUGUCUACAGACAAAAAUUACAAGCCCACGACGAAUAUUAAAGGCGAAUUCGUUCGGAAAGAUUCUCAAUUUCGUAACCGCAUCACUGCAGAUGGUUCGAGCGGAUUCAAGGCUGAAGCUAAUCGUUAUCAUCUGUAUGUGAGUCUCGCUUGUCCAUGGGCUCACAGAACUUUGAUAGUUCGCAAGCUGAAAGGCCUUGAAAAAGUCGUAAGUUUAAAUGUUGUGGAUUGGAUUUUGGGGAAGGAAGGCUGGAAAUUCGACCCAGGUACGUAUUUAGAAGUGAAAAAUAUAAACGCAAUUUAUUAAUGACUGAUUCAGUAUUCAUAUUCCAAAACCGAAAGGAAUUUAUAGGAUUUAUAUAUUGAGAGUCACAGUAAGGUCAAGGAAACGGUUAGGCUGAGUGGCUUGCUGGCGAGUAAUUUCAUGGGCUAGUUGUCUAUGGCAAUAUUUUAUCUGGAUUCUGGAGAACAAUGUGUCAAUGUUAUACUUGGCAGAUCUACAUGCAUGGGCUGAUCAGUGAUCAUACAGCUUUCUACAUGUAUGGCAUGGUCAACUUAUCACCUCACCUUAUCAUUUGCCUCCCCCCCCAAAUAGGGCACCCCUAUUUGGGAUAGGUGGCAAGUACUUCCUGCAUGCACCCACUUGUUGAUCAGUGGUCUGCAGGUGGUUAACAAGUACUGCAAUUACAAUACUGAUCCUCUUCAUUUGUGUGAUCAUAUGGUUAUCCUUGAGUCUAUGAUAUAUAUCAUCAUACAGGUGCACCCCUUGUAAUCGGAGGCAUCUCACCCACAUGAGGAGGGGGGAUACAAACCACUCAUCCCGGCACAACCUACCUCCCUUUUUGUCGACUCGAGCUGAAUUUUUGUUGACUCCGAAUUCUGUUGACUUGAAAUUUUUGUUGACCACUGAAUUUUGACUCAAAAUUUUUGUUGACCUCUGAAUUUUUUUUGCUGCCCCUUUUUGUUGCUCACCAAUCACAUUGCCAAGAUUUGUUUUUUGCUUUGCUUCAUACAAAUUCGCCUAGUGGAAAAUGAGUGUAUGAUAUACAUUAUAAAGUACUCUAUUAACCAGCUGCCCUAGUUCAUUAGCUUUACAAAUAACCUCCCCCCCCCCCUGCAAAUUGCACUCCAAUAUCUUUUCAACCUUUUUACACUUAGAAAAGCCAGGGGCAACACCAGACACUGUGAACAACUUUGGUCACCUGAGCGAGGUCUAUGCCCUUUCCGAUCCGGAGUACGAUGGUCGCUGGACCGUACCAGUUCUAUUUGAUAAAGUCCAGAAGAAGAUUGUCUGUAAUGAUUCUGCUGAAAUCAUACGCAUGUUGUCGCCAGAAUUUAAUGAAUUUUGUGAGACAGUGGAACAGAAGGAGUUAGAUCUUUACCCAGAGGGACUGCGCAAAGAAAUUGAUGAGAUGAAUGAUUGGGUCUAUCCGUAAGUAUGAUACUAAUUUGGAAAUCUAGUUAUUUCAGAGAAGAUAAACAUGGUCCAUUGGACAGUUAUUUCAGAGAAGAUAAACAUGGUCCAUUGGACCAUUUGCAUUAUAGACUAAAUUUAGAUCUAGACAAAAAUUUCAUCACAGCUUGAAAGAGCAUCACAAAAUUAGUAAUAUUCCAAAGUUUCGUUGCAAAAUGUUGUAAAAUGCGGAUAAUAUAGCCUUGCGAAGUUUGCCGUUUUUCAGUCAUUUUGUAUUACGCACGGGAAAUUGACAGCCAAAUCGGGUGUUGGGGCAUCAAUUUCCCGUUUGUAAUACAAAAUGACUGAAAAUUGCAAAUUUCGCAAGGCUAUAGUAUAUUAUCCGCAUUUUACAACAUUUCGCAACGAAACUUUGGAAUAUUACUAAUUUUGUGAUGCUCUUUCAGCUUUGAUAAAUUUUUGGCUAGAUCAAAAUUUAGUCUAUAAUGCAUUUAGUCUAUAAGUUUUUUGGCCAGAUGGAAUUGAGAGAUGUUGACCACUAUCACCCUCAUCACCAUUAUCACUACCACCAUCACCACCAUGAUCGUCACCAGGGUCCACCAUCAUCAUCAUCAUCACUAUCAUCAUCACCACCAUCGUCAUCAUCAUCACCAUCAUCACCACAAGUCCGACAACAAAAUCAUGUUACUACUGUAUGUGUCUUGCAAAGUGAAAUUUUAUUUUUUAACAGCACAAUCAAUAACGGUGUUUAUCGCUCUGGGUUUGCAUCAUCACAAGAGGCUUAUGAUAGCGCUGUUGUAAUUCUCUUUGAAGCGCUUGAAAAAGUAAGUUUAGCAUAUUGUCAAAAAUCGCAACAGAAAACUUAACAGGGACAUGUUUAGGUUUUAAAAGGCUACGUUUCCACUAUACCGGAUAACUUUCCGUAGCGGCGCGAAAAAGUACCUAUCUCAUACGGAAUGUACAACUUUCAGAAGCUGAGCAAAACAUCUCCGUUGGCGUUGCAAUAAUUCCUCUGAAAAUAGCGUUCCUAAAAAGUGCGGAUAGGUGUCUUUUCACGUCGCAACGGAAAGCUAUCUGGUAUUAGUGUACAUGUAGUCUUCACUGAAACAAAUUGAACAAUGAAGGAUCGUCCUUACUGAACCUAGAAAACAGUCUAAAGCUGAUAGAGCUAUCAAUUCCAAAUAGAGUUAGAAUUUUCAGGAUUAAUCAUAAAGUGAUGGUCCUUACUGGACCUCAAGGAAGAGCAGUAAAGAACGAGGUGUUUGCGUUCACUUGCAAUAAUUAUUUUGCAUCUCUUUUAUGCUAGCUUGAGAAUAUUUUAUCAACACGAAGAUAUCUGGUUGGCAAUCGAUUCACAGAAGCUGACGUCCGUUUGUUCACGACUUUGAUUCGUUUUGAUCUUGUUUAUCAUGGCCAUUUUAAGGUACAUAAACCUUCCAAAACUUUUUUUUCAUAAAGCUUGUUAAUACUGUACUUCAGCUUGCUGAUCGUCAAACUAGAAAUUUGGAGGUUACGGGUCCAAGUUCGCAGCGAGAACUAUUUCAACAAGCAAAAAGACCCAGUACAUACUAUGAUACAUUAGAACCCCGCUAUCUCUCCAAGGGAAACAGAAAUGUUCGGGGUUCAAGAUAUAAACCGAAUCAGUGUACAAAAAAAUGGUUAAUAAUUCACCAUCACCAUCAUCAUGUUAUUUGUACAUUCUUCUCCAGAAAUCUUGCUGAAUCUUUCAUUUUUACAUUCUUAGUGUAACAAGAAGAGAAUAAUCGACUAUCCAAAUAUAUGGGGCUAUACUCGGGAUAUUUAUCAAAUGCCCGGCGUUGCAGAUACAUGCAAUUUUGAACACAUCACAAAACAUUACAUGGUAAGCUGGUGUCAUGAUAAACAAUGUUAUUCAGUAAGAUGCAGUUUUUGUGAUUUUUAAAGAUUUUGCGCCUCGCCUAAAGGUCUCUCAUAACUUUUAAACGAACGUUCGACCAGCACACGCUUGUCUUUCAAGCUGGGAGAUCAGUGUUCAAUUCUUGGUCAGACCUCUACUCAAGGUCUUAAAAUAACUGAGGAGAAUGUGCUAUACCUUUACAUUGUGCCAUUUACAUCAUUAAAAGGUUAGACUUUCGCGUCUUCUUGGACAAGACCAAUGAGUGAGAAGCUAUUUUCCAGAUUUUUACAGUUAUUAAUGGUGGGCAUCGAAAAUUGAAUUUUGAAAAUCAAUUUUGAGUUUUGACACUGACAUGAAACUCCUCACUUUAAACAGUCUUAACGUUCGUUAUACUAGACCGAUUUUAAUAAUCUUGAUCCACUCAGGAAAAUUUUCCGCAGAAAGAAAAUUUUGCAAAAUGUGAUUUGCCGAAACAAAUUUUCCGUCGGAAAAAAAUUUUGAAGUUAAAAAUUUUGAAGUUGAAAAUGUUCAACUUUUUUAAUCAAUGAUAUUUUAUUUGGGGGCUUUAGUGUCAAAAUUCAUCUCUUUGAUUAGAUUUUCGAUGCUCAGUAAUAGUUAGCUGUGUGAAAAAUCUAGAACAUAGCCUAUCAUAGCUCAGUAUUGUAUAUUUUUCCACAACAUCUUGUGUACUAAUAUUAAAUAUUACUACAGUAUUCAUACUUUUUAAUACUUAAAUAAUGCGAAUGUUUACUACAUUUUCUAGCAAAGCCAUCGCGACAUUAAUCCACAUGGCAUUGUUGCAAUUGGACCAGACCUUGACUUGAAGGCCCCACAUGGCAGAGAAACGCUUGGACAGUAG